CCUCAAGAAGGGUGCCUGCGUCAGAGACGUCGCCGGAGCAUGCGCGGAGUCUCGAAAAUGAAGGUGGCCGUGAGUGGUUGCUGCCAUGGCGCGCUGGAUAAGAUGUACGAGACGAUCGAGUUGAUGGGGCAGCGACAUGGCCACGCGCGGCCGGACCUGCUUCUCUGCACCGGGGACUUCCAAGCCGUCCGCGACUCGGCCGAUUUACAAUGUAUGGCCGUGCCCCCCAAAUACCGACAGAUGGGAGGCUUCGCGCAGUACUAUUCUGGAGAGAAGAAGGCUCCAGUCUUGACCAUCUUUAUUGGGGGAAACCAUGAAGCCUCCAACCAUUUGCAAGAACUCCCAUAUGGUGGAUGGGUAGCGCCAAACAUCUACUACCUUGGUUAUGCCGGAGUAGUGAAAUACCGUGGGUUACGCAUCGGUGGGAUCUCUGGCAUUUUCAAAUCUCAUGACUACAGAAGAGGCCACUUUGAGUGUCCCCCUUACAAUCAAAAUACCUUAAGAAGCGUCUACCAUGUGAGAAAUAUUGAAGUGUUCAAGCUCAAGCAGCUGAAGCAGCCCAUGGAUAUCUUUAUGUCCCAUGACUGGCCCAGAGGCAUCUAUCAUUACGGAAACAAGAACGCGCUGCUUAAGAAGAAAUCCUUUUUCCGCCAAGAAGUGGAAGACAACACACUGGGAAGCCCUGCUGCAUCGGAACUUCUGCACCAUUUGAAGCCUGCAUACUGGUUCUCAGCUCACCUUCAUGUCAAAUUUGCAGCCGUAAUGCAACACAAGGCUGACAGCAGUGAGCAGCAGCCCAAAGCAACAAAAUUUCUAGCCCUGGAUAAAUGCUUGCCAAAGCGAGACUUUCUUCAGAUUGUAGAGAUCGAGCACAAUCCCAGCGCUUCUGACACCCUGGAGUAUGACCCAGAAUGGAUUGCUGUUCUCAAAGCGACCAACAACCUCAUCAGUGUGUCUCCAAACACUUGGAAUAUGCCUGAAAACAAUGGACUCCAUGCCAGGUGGGAUUACAGCGUUACAGAAGAAGAUACCAAGGCAGUGCUGGACGAGGCCAACAACAACCUUCAGGUCCCCCAGAACUUCAGCGCCACGAGCUCCAACGGCAACAAAUCGCAGCAGCGCGUAGCUCCAGUCCACAGAAUCAAUCCUCAGACCACGGAGUUCUGCGCCCGGUUUGGUCUGGUGGACAUCAACAACAGAAUCCAGCAAGUAAGGGAGGAGAUUCUGGCACAGAGAGGGGACGAGGAAGAAGAGGAGGAGGAGGAAGAGGAGGUAGACAGUACUGGGGAAGCCAGUGACUAUAAUACGGAUGUGUCCGGGUUGACCGCCUCCAUCAACCCUGACGAGAUAAUACUGGAUGACGAAGCCAGCGGUGAGGAAGAUCCCAACGACAGCUCAGACCAGCAGUCUGAUGCCACCUCCACGUAUUCCGAACUCAGGAGGCUGCCGAGCAGCAUGAACGUAUCGUCUGAUGACGGCCUGGACAGCGCGAGCGCCAACCUGGGGCAGAUGAGCAGCGGUGACCAGGAGGAAGAGCAGAACACCUCCGACAAAUCCCUGAAGCGGGCAGGCGAUGAGGACGCAGAAGAAAAGAGUGGGAAAAAGAAAAUUAAAAGACGCAACCAGGCCAUCUAUGCGGCACAGGAGGAGGAGGAGGAGGGGGAAUGAAGAGUCUCCAUUUGGGAGACCUCUGAGGCUCUUCUCGGACUGGGACGUGUGCCCGGCUUGAUGGAGGCUGUGGCAGUACUGGAUUGUUUCUGAUGGUUUUAAUGGUGUCCACCAGCCCUAUAUUUUUUUUAAGCAACAACAAGAAUAUAGUAUCACAGAAGUUUUAAAA